AUGAUACUUACUACAAUUUCACGCAGCUUGGGGUCGGCGCUGCCGCGACGUUCCCCGCCGCGGCAAGCAGCAGCGCCGCACCUGCCGCUGCGAGCCUGGCGCCAGCAUGGAGACGCCAGCAACCGGCGGCGUUUCCACACGCUCUCAGCAACAGCACCUGGCACAAAUGGUGGCGGCGCCACCAGCGCCAGCAGCAAUGGAGCCUCCUCCGGUACCGCCUCGCCGUCGCCAGGCAUUGGCACAGGGGCGCACCAGCAGCAGCAACAGCAGCAGCAGCAACAGCAGCAGCAGGCGGCGGGCAGCUCGCCCUCGUCGGGUGCCCCUGCGCAGCAACCGCCAGGUCCCGGCUUUGGCGCAUUCUUGAAGCCCAUCUACAUCCUGAUCUUCUCCCUCAUCUUCGUGGGCGGCAUGCUGUUUGCCAGCAUGUCGCUGCAGCUCACCAGUGACCUGGGCUUCGCCGACGCCUUUGCGCGCAUCACGCGCCGCAUCUUCCGCUCCAUCGCGUUCCGGCAGCUGGUUGUGAUCGCGGUGGCGAUUUUCCUGGUGCGGUUCGCGCUUAACAACGUGCUGCGGGUGCUGGCCAAGUGGAGCAGCAGCCCGGUGCCGUGGGACAAGUCCAAGGUGUACUAUGUCAUGAAGGAGGUCUACUCCCCUCUGGAGGUGCUCCUCUUUGUGGCGGGCUGCUGCACCAUAGCGGACUCGUUCAUGCCGCAGCUCAUAGGCGUGCCCAAGGCCACUGUCAACGCGGUGGUGCGGGCGGCGCUGAGCAUGAGCUUCGUGCUGGGUGCGGCCACGGUGGUGUUCAACCUGAAGAACCGCUUCUGCAAGGAGCAGGCGUGGCAGAGCGAGAUGCAGGGCAACAUCACCAGCCAGCGGCGGUGGGAGGCCUACGACAAGCUGGGGACGUUUGCCAUCUACACCUUCACCAUAUUCCUCAGCAUACAGGCGCUGGGGCUGGAGGUGCGCAGCGUGCUGGCCAUCGGAGGCAUUGGUGGUCUGGCCAUCGGUUUGGCUGGCAGGGAGAUCUGUGAGAACCUGCUCAAUGGCUUCCUGCUCAUGACCACGAUGCCUUUUGAGGUGGGAGAGGAGGUGGUCUUCUCCCCCAACGGCCAGACCGUGGAGGGAAUCGUGCUGGAUGUCGGCUGGUACCGCACCACAAUCCGCUCCUUUGAGCGCGAGGUCUUCGUCAUACCCAACGCCGUGUUCUCCAAGAACACCGUCCUCAACGUGACCCGCAAGAUGAGGGAGUGGCGGUUCUACGAGUUCCUGUGCGUGAGGGUGCAGGACGUGCACAAGGUCAACGCCAUCAUACAGGACAUCCGCCGCAUCGUCAAGAACGACGCGCGCAUCAUCAACAAGCUGCACCGCCGCGUCUUCAUGGACAAGAUCACACACGACGACGUCAAGAUUUACCUCUCAUUCUACGUGGAGGCCUCCAACCGUGACGCGUUCAUGGCUGUGAAGCAGGACCUGCUGCUGGCCUUUGUGGACUGCGUGGAGCGCAACGGCGCAAAGCUCGCCACGCCGCGCGCUGUGCUUGAGAUGGAGGACUCCCUGUCCCCCACCCUGGCCAGCAUGUACGGCGGUGCCGCAGCCGCCGCAGCAGCCGCGCGCUUCAAGCUGCUGCCCGUCAGUGCGGUCGACGUGACCGCCUCGGCGGUGCCCUACUCCCCGCCCCCGCCGCCGCCAGCGCAGCCGACGGCUUCUGUGGACGAGGCCGGCGCGGCACUGGUCAUCUCGAUGGAGGAGGUCGGCGGGAGGGGCGACAAGGCCAGCGGCGACAACGGUGGUGGCAGCAGCAGCAACGGCAGCAGUGGCGGCGAUGGCAGCAGACGGACUGCGAGCAGCUUGAAAUCGGGGGAGGCUAUCGCUUCACUUGAUGAGAGCAAGGCACAGCCUGCGGCGCCGGCUACUGCUGGCCAAGGCGCGCCGUCGGCGGAUGCGCCCACCAUCGGCGCCAGUGUAAAUGGCAGCGGGGGGCUUGGUUCAACCAACUGCGGCAGCAGCAGCAGCAGCAGCAGCAGCAGCAGCAGCGGUGCCAAGCCGUCAUCGUUGUCAUCGUUGUCAGGCACAUCGAGCGGCAGCAAUGCCUCGCCUGUCAAGCAGCCACAGCAAGAAAAGCAGCAGCAGGAGGCCAGAGCCCCCGCUUUAGUCGGUGUCGGCGUGACGGCGUCGUACGCGGCCGCGGGGGCCGCAGCGGCCACCCCCACUGCCCCUCCAAGCAGCAGCGCCGCUGCCGGCAGGGCGGGUGGUGGCAGCGGCGGCGGUGGCGUGGGCGGCGGCUCGUCCGUCAAGAGAGGCACUGACGGUUCCCCCCGCACUGGCGCGAGCCCCGGUCCGGGCGGCGGCGGUUCAUACCGUGUGGUCAGCAGCGCGCAGCCGUACGGCUUGUCCCCCGGGGCGCCCUCAUCCAUGGGGCAGCAGCAGCCUCGGGACGUGAUUCUCGCGUCCUACGAGGAGAUCGGGUCCGAGGUCUGA